GAAGAAGAGGCUCUCAUAAAGAAAGAAACCCUUUUGUCCAUCUAUUUUGGCAAUUGUUUCAUGGUUGGGAUUUUGAAUUAGUAGUAUCACUGAGUUAUGAAGAGUAUGGUUUCUGUGCAUGAACUGUUCUAAAUUAAUAAUAUUUAUGUCCUUUUCCUAGUACAACUUUCUAGGUCAAUGAAAGUAGGUAACAAUGUUGUCUGUUUAUGUGGGUCAAUUUCUAGGACAUUUCCUUUGUCUUUAACUCCACUUUUCCUGUAGUCAUUGAGGCUUUGCUUUUCUGGAAGAUUAAUGAACUUUUUACUGAGAAAUUUGUCUCUGAUAGAUGAAUUCCAUAAGGUUGCUGUUUCUAUCUAAUUUUCCUUUUUGGUGCAGCUACUAAAAGUUCUUUUCACACAAGAAUUAGUCUAAUAAUAUUAAAAUUAAAUAUUUCUUACCCUUAAUAAAUACGAGUUUAUAGUAGCUACACCCUUCUUUUCUUGGUUUCAACCAUUUUGCCCACAAGUCUUCUAAUAGCAGAUUAGAACGCUAAGUGGCCUUUCAGAUUUUCAAAAGUGUUUAAGAUAUAGCGGAACGGUUGGACCUACCAUGUUCAGCUUUUUCUGCAAAGUCCUGUAAAGAAUACAUGUUGUGUUCACUCUAUAAAUGUGUCAAAGAAUUCAAUACUUGGCCAAGAGUAUCAUUUAGCAAGAAGUCUCAUGGUUUUAUUCUCGUCUCGUUUUUUGUUAGUAGUUCUUAUCUUUUGUAUACCAAGAAACAAAAUUAGGAUCACUCUAUUGUUUGUAGUAAGAAUUUAUCCCUGGUCCCUGCUAAAAGAAAAGAAAAAAAAAAGAGCUUCUAAUUGAACUAGCGAUGGCCAAGGAUUUGCAAGUUCUUAAUGCUCUUGAUGUAGCGAAAACACAAUGGUACCACUUCACUGCAAUUAUUAUUGCUGGAAUGGGCUUUUUCACAGACGCAUAUGACCUCUUCUGCAUAUCUCUCGUCACCAAACUGCUAGGCCGCAUAUACUACCAUGUUGAUGGUGCAGCGAAGCCUGGAACUUUGCCUCCUAAUGUAUCAGCUGCUGUUAAUGGUGUAGCAUUUUGUGGCACUCUCGCAGGGCAGCUCUUUUUUGGUUGGCUUGGCGACAAGAUGGGGCGGAAGAGAGUCUAUGGUAUGACUCUUAUGCUCAUGGUGAUAUGCUCGGUGGCCUCAGGUCUCUCUUUUGGUCACAAUGCUAAAGCUGUGAUGUCAACCCUUUGCUUCUUCCGGUUCUGGCUUGGAUUUGGCAUUGGUGGUGACUACCCGCUUUCUGCCACAAUCAUGUCUGAAUAUGCUAACAAGAAGACUCGAGGAGCCUUCAUUGCUGCUGUAUUUGCCAUGCAGGGCUUUGGAAUUUUAGCAGGUGGUAUAUUUGCCAUCAUUUUAUCAUCUGCCUUUAGGGCCAGGUUUGAUGCUCCAGCUUAUGAGGUUGAUGCGGUUGCCUCAACCGUCCCACAGGCAGACUAUGUUUGGCGCAUAAUUCUAAUGGUUGGAGCACUUCCUGCUGCUCUUACCUACUAUUGGAGGAUGAAGAUGCCUGAAACUGCUCGUUACACAGCCCUCGUCGCUAAGAAUGCGAAACAGGCUGCUUCUGAUAUGUCCAAAGUUCUGCAGGUUGAUCUUGAGGCAGAGGAGCAGAAGGUUCAGCAGCUAGCUCAGGAUCAAUCAAAUUCAUUUGGUUUGUUUUCUAAAGAAUUUCUUCGUCGCCAUGGAAUUCACUUGCUUGGGACAACCACUACUUGGUUCUUGCUUGACAUUGCAUUCUACAGCCAAAAUCUGUUCCAGAAGGAUAUCUUUAGCGCAAUUGGGUGGAUUCCUUCUGCUAAGACUAUGAAUGCUAUUGAGGAGGUUUAUAGAAUUGCAAGGGCACAAACGCUUAUUGCACUAUGCAGUACUGUUCCAGGGUAUUGGUUCACAGUGGCUUUCAUUGACAAAAUGGGAAGAUUUGCCAUCCAAUUGAUGGGAUUCUUCUUCAUGACAGUGUUCAUGUUUGCAUUGGCUAUUCCUUACAAUCACUGGACACACAAGGACAACCGAAUCGGAUUUGUGGUGAUGUACUCAUUAACCUUCUUCUUUGCAAACUUUGGACCUAAUGCCACCACAUUCGUUGUGCCAGCUGAGAUUUUCCCAGCAAGGUUAAGGUCUACUUGCCAUGGUAUAUCAGCCGCAUCUGGAAAGCUUGGGGCUAUAGUUGGUGCAUUUGGGUUCUUAUAUUUGGCUCAGAACAAGGACAAGGCCAAGGCAGAUGCAGGAUACCCUGCAGGCAUUGGUGUGAGGAAUUCACUUAUUGUGUUGGGUGUAAUCAACUUCUUGGGAAUGGUAUUCACCUUCUUGGUCCCUGAAUCAAAAGGAAAAUCUUUGGAGGACUUGUCAGGUGAGAACGAGGACGAUAAUCAACCUGGAGAGCAAGGUUCACAUGAUAGCCGGACGGUUCCAGUUUAGAUUCGUUCAGAAACCAAUUCUCGCGGAAUAAUGCCUGCAUGUCUUCUUGAAUUUGCAAGAAAGCUUGACUUUUUUUUCUCCCUUAUCACCUUAUCUAGUAGUAUUUCUUCUUCCCCACUCUUUUCUCAAGUUGCACCUACUGUAGUAAUUUUCCGCUGGAAUGUCAUUAAGAGUUAUUAACAAUGGCUUGUUCA